AUGGAGCAGAAAGAAGCGAAGGUGUAUAAAAACAGAAGGUAUGUGAGCUUCUCAAAGAGGCGCAGCGGCCUGUUUAGCAAGGGUAAAGACUUCUGCAAAAAGUUUGAAGCAGAAAUUGGCAUUGUUGUGCUCUCUGGAGCAGGCAGGCCUUACUGGUCCCCGGACAACCCUUCCCUCGACGCCGUCCUCGACCGCUUCAUGCAAUCAGACCAGGCACCUACUAACGCCAUUGAUUUCAAGGUUAGACUGCAGAAGAAGAGGAAGAGAGAGGAACCUGAUAAUGAAGUUCAGGGACAGCUUGCGGAGGAGGUGAAGUCAUGUCGAACAGUUAAGGACAUGUUUUCGUUGAGAGACAAAUACUUGGUGCUUCUUCAGGACCAUACUAACAAGAGGAUGAAAGGUUCACAUGUUUUGGAGAAGGGUGAGGCAAAAUGUGUCUCUACCUCACCAUCAAACCUAAGUUUUGAGGAUAGUGUUUGGGUAGAACCAAUUUCAAGGCAUAAAGACAUAUGUUCUAGUUCAACAUUAGAUUUCGCACAACAAAAUCCCAAUCCUAAUCCCAACCCGAAUCCCAAUAACUAUUACAGUUACUUAGAAAACCUUUGUAAUGAAGAUACAACUUUUGAUUAUUUAUUAUGA